AUGGAUGACGAAUAUUCUACGGGCCAGCGGAGCAGAUUCCGCUUCAAAUCUAAACAGAGCACAGGACGCUCUAAAUCAAAAUCAGAAGGUCGGGGCGGCGAUAGCAGCCAUGGUGCUAAACCACAAGCGCCAUCAGGAUCAUCUCAUCCUCGUCACUAUCGACGUCGACAUCACCACCGCCGCCACGGGUCUUCCAAACGCCACAAAUCCUCGUCCACAUAUGACGACGCCCAGCCUCCGGAACUGUCCCCAGACGCGGCAUUCCGUGAAUCUCUCUUCGACGCCUUGGCUGAUGAUGAGGGCGCGGCGUAUUGGGAAUCGGUAUAUGGGCAGCCAAUUCACACCUACGCACGUCCAGACGGGCGUGGUGAGCUGGAGCAGAUGACGGAUGAGGAAUAUGCGGCAUAUGUGCGUGCACGUAUGUGGGAGAAGACUCACGAGGGGAUCUUCGAGGAGAGGAAACGAAGGAAAACGGAGCGGGAAAAGCAAAGGAAGGAAGGCAGACGGAGGGAUGAGGGGAGUGAACGUGAGGCGUUUGAAAGGAUGAUUGAGGAGAGCUUACGGAGGGGCCAGGAGAGGAAGAUGAAAAAGCGUCAAGCGAAUGUUUGGUUGGAUGUCUGGAGAAGGUAUUUGGAUAGUUGGGAGGAUUUGAAUGUGCGAGCCCGUGCGGCAGCGACUAUGAAUUGUGCCACCACUUCUGCUGACAAAAUGGACGAAAAACUUCGAAACCUCAUUUUCUGGCCUGUUGAAUCGGGCAAAAGAAGGGAUAUUUCCCCUGAGUCUGUGGAAACGUUCAUACGGAACGCGCCUGUUUCCAGCCCGACGGACUCACCCGCUCCUCGCCCUGGCCCUGGCCCUGACUCGGGGCGGGGGAGCAGUAAUCAGUCCCAAGCAUCUGACAUUCUUACUGUUUUGAAAAUUGAACGGGUCAGAUGGCAUCCUGAUAAAAUGCAACAUCGAUACGGGGCGCUUGGGAUGGAUGAUCAACUCCUAAAGAGCGCCACAGAGGUUUUUCAAAUAAUCGAUCGUAUGUGGGUGGAGGAGCGCGAGCGCGGGAAUAGGGGAAGAUGA